CAAAGGAACUUGAUGAUUGACUUGUGUGACUGGAGCUGUUGAAGGCUCACAGUCAAAGUUUGAUGGUUGACCUUCCGUUAGCUGCGUGAAUCUCACAAAGAAAUAUCAAUGGAUACAUUAGCUUUAUUUAUCGUCUCUGUGUCUUUUACAGGUUUAACUAGUGGAGUUGGUUUGUUGCCAGAUGGUCCUCUGAAUGGAGCUGUUGGAGAGACAGUGAUGUUUACCACAGUGAAUCCACCAGAGAGUCCAUUUGUAACAACUAACUGGAGGUUUGGGGACAAAGACAUAAUCGUUUCAAAUAUUAAAAACUACACUUCUCCUGAAUAUGAGGGAAGAAUCACCUUCUUCCCCUCUACUGGAUCUCUGGAGCUCAGGAGUCUGUCUCUCAAUGACAGUGGAGAAUACACAGUCAGGAUUACAACUGUGAGGGAGUUUGAAGGCAGAACCACACUGAGAGUUUACGAGAGAAUAUCAAAUCCUUCUAUCACAUCAUCACCAAAGGAGGCAAUAGAGGGGAACUCUGUCAACUUAACCUGUGACGCUGCUGGCUCCGUGUUUACCAGAAAGUGGAUGAAGGAUGGAUCUGAUCUAAAUCAAGCUGACAUUAUACUUUACGAUAACAACAGAGUUCUGUCUUUUCAACGUCUAAAUAAAACAGACAGAGGAGAAUAUUCCUGUAAUAUCAGCAACCCCAUCAACUCCAUGGAAGCUAAACACGUCUUGGUUGUGAACUAUGGACCAGAACACGUUCAAAUCAAAGGCCAGCAUCACAUAUCUUUGGGAGACACCUUCACAUUAUCCUGUGAGGCCGAGUCUGAACCACCUGCAAACUUCACCUGGUUACUGAAUGGGACAGAGAUACUCAAUUCUCCUGAGUACACUAAAAAGAACGCUGAAGCGUCAGACAGUGGAAACUACACCUGUCAAGCAAAGAAUAUUAUAACUGAAAGAUCAUCUUCUUCAGUGCAUGGAGUGACUGUAACAGAGAGAAUAUCAAAUCCUUCUAUCACAUCGUCAGCAAAGGAGGCAAUAGAGGGGAACUCUGUCAACUUAACCUGUGACGCUGCUGGCUCUGUGUUUACCAGAAAGUGGAUGAAGGAUGGAUCUGAUCUAAAUCAAGCUGACAUUAUACUUUACGAUAACAACAGAGUUCUGUCUUUUCAACGUCUAAAUAAAACAGACAGAGGAGAAUAUUCCUGUAAUAUCAGCAACCCCAUCAACUCCAUGGAAGCUAAACACGUCUUGGUUGUGAACUACGGACCAGAAAACACUCAAAUCGAAGGCCAGCAUCACAUAUCUUUGGGAGACACCUUCACAUUAACCUGUGAUGCCAAGUCUGAACCACCUGCAAACUUCACCUGGUUACUGAAUGGGACAGAGAUACUCAAUUCUCCUGAGUACACUAAAAAGAACGCUGAAGCGUCAGACAGUGGAAACUACACCUGUCAAGCAAAGAAUAUCAUAACUGGAAGAUCAUCUUCUUCAGGACAUGGAGUGACUGUAACAGUAUUCUCUGUAGUACCAUCAAGCUGUAGUGGUGGUUGUAUUGCUGGAAUAGUAAUUGCAUGUUUGGUGAUCCCUGGAGCUGCUGCUGCUGCAGGAUACUUUAUCUACAAAAAGAAAAAAAGUCAGAAAACUUCAUCCAACCAGACAGUGGGUGGAGGUCAGGACAACACAGCCUACUCAGGAAAUGAGGAGCUGAACUAUGUAGAUAUUGCAGUUUUCCACAAAAAGGACGGCGGGGCUGUUCAGUUGGGGUCGCAAAAUGAAACAUCAGAAUACGCUCAGGUCAGGGGGAACAACAACCCUCCUUCAACGUCCUCCCCUCCUUCCUAUGAAAACCACAUUCAGAGAACCAAGAAGCCGGCUCCUCAGGAUGCUGCUAAUGUAGCUGAGCUUUACGCUCAGGUUCGCAAGAAGUGAUCACAUCAGAUAUAAUAUAUCAUCACAUUAGAGCCAGUGGUCAGAGAAACCUGCUGCACUCCUUUCUCAGGUCUUUUAUGGACGACUUAUUUGGACUUGAGUUUACAAUGAAAGCACUUUAGUUAAUGAUCAAACAGUUGAUGACGGGUGUUGAGAUCACAUGGCGUCAUGUUGCCAUAUAAACUUGGCACACACUGCUUUUGAUAACUUCCCUCUGCCUUUGUUUGGUUGCACAUUUCAGGCUGUAAAUAUUCUUUGUUUGUGAUUCGGUUUGUUUGCUUGAGAUAAAUGUUUGACACAGGUGUGGUGUCAUAUUUGAUCCUGUUUGAUUUCAGUUUGCAGCUUGUUCCAUAUUGAUACUUUGAUAAAUGUACAUUUAAAACAUGUUAAAUCAUUUUUUUAUAAAGAAAUAUCUGUUUUUCUGUU